AUGUCUAACGAUUUAAGUUUUGGUGAUGAUGGAAUGAGGGAUGAACCAACUUCUCUCGGAUUCACGAAGGAGUUGAUGGAUGAAAUUAAUGAGCAGAAAGUAGCUAAUCCAGGGAUGUUUGUGUCUGCUUGGCAAGAAGACGAAAUGGGCAUCGAAAAGCAGCAUAAGGAUGAGCCUUUGGAGGACUUCUUAACUGCUGCGGAGGAAGGAGACUUAGAGAAAGUAGCUAGCUUUCUCAAACUGAAUCCCACCAUGAUCAACGCAUUUGAUGAAGAUGGCUACACUGCUCUUCAUAGAGCAGCUUAUAACAAUCAUAUCCCAGUAAUUGAUUUCCUGUUGAAGCAAGGUGCUGAUGCGGAAGCUCGUACAAAUGAUGGAUGGACUCCGCUGUUAUCAGCAGCGAAUUGGGCCAACUUUGAAGUGAUUGGAUGCCUGUUAAGUCACGGAGUUGAUCCCAAUGCUCUGUCUCAUGGCCGUGUUUCGGCUCUUCAUUUGGCGAUCCAGAGUAAGAAUGAAAUUGAAGACUGCAUUAUUCAGUCUGUACGUUAUCUAUUACAAGCUCCAGGAAUCAUCCCUGACGUAGUUAGUGGUUCUGGCGACAAGCCAAUAGAUUUAGCUCAUCGUAGUAGUCGUAUCAUCUAUGAAAUGCUCAAUAACUUCAUAAACGGGCCUCUAUAA